CCGUAAUAUUGUUUCCUGUCCGGGCUUCCACGCGGGUCAACAUCACAAGAUCCCAGCACCUAACUUGCACCCGAAGUAAGUACGAAGUACCUUAGGUGCUGGUACAGGAUAUAGGCACCAUUUGGUGUCUGUGGCGGGACUGACUCACACCCCGCUUGCCAGCCAGUCACUCCGUGGUCCCGACCGCACAGGGGGCGCAGCUCAUUGCGAAUGAUGAAUGAUGGCACGCACCGCCAUCGCAUUCGACCUGUACGGCACCCUCUUGUCCACCGAAUCCAUCGCGCAACACCUCGCGCGUCUGUAUGGAGAUGAGCAGGCAAAAGUCAUCGCCGCACAGGCGAGGCGCUAUCAGCUGGAAUACACGUGGCGCAUCAACAGCAUGGGCAUGUAUUGCUCAUUCAGCGACCUGACGAGGUGGUCAUUCCGACAAGCUACCGCAGACGCCCGUGCCCAGCUCACACCGGAGCAGGAAGUGCAGAUCAUGGACGCGUACAACGGCCUCGACACCUUCCCCGAUGUCGACCAAGCACUCACCAUGCUUGCCGAGAUGCCAUCCCUGGACCCGUACGUCUUCUCCAACGGCACCGUCUCCAUGGUAACUUCGUCCCUCCAGACAUCCCCUUCGCUGGCGCGCGCGAGCCACGUAUUACCGUCGACCAAGGUUGUCAGCGUCGACUCGCUCAAAGUCUUCAAGCCGGACCCUCGCACAUAUCAGCACAUGGCCAAGGCAAGCGGCUUUGAGGGACAGCUAGGCAGUGUCUGGCUCGUGAGCUCGAACCCUUUUGAUGUCGCAGGGGCGGUGGCGGCCGGGCUCAAAGCCGCGUGGGUCGAUCGGGCAGGUGGCGGGUGGGUGGAUGGGCUGGGCGGCGCCAUGGGGAUCAAACCCACGGUAAUAGUCAAGGGCGUGGACGAGGCGGUCGAGCAUAUUUCGCGUCGUUCUGGUUGAUCCCCCCCGGCCCAGAACUUGUUCAAGGCACAAUGGGCGAGACGAUGUACUUCGAUGGGUGAUAGGUCGACCUCUACACAACCGAGUUAUACGGGGUUAGCUGUGCUGUCCCGCAGGAACAAAGGCGGGCAGAGUAGCGGACUCAACUGGGAUGACUACCAUAGGGACAAGGGGAAUAACAGGGAAUAGGGCGGGACAAGCCCUGGGC